UAAACAGCUCCGCGUCAAGUGGUGGUAAGAGGCCUUGUAGUUAAGGGGUCUUUAAUUGGCCUAUUAAUUCAAUUCUGGAUGCCUUUACGGUAGUUCGGGGAUAGGUGAAGUUGAGAAUGAAAGAAUAUAAAAAGGACACCAUCCUCUCAAAGGGAAAGCAAUUACCCUCUCCUGCCAAACAAGAGGAAUGUAAAGAAAAUUCUACCAUCGAUCCUUCAUCUCAACCUUCUGGAACCAGUUGUAGGAAUGUGGAGAAGUUGUCAGUUGAAGAAAAAGACAACACCAGUAAUGUGAAACAACCUGGAGAGACACACAGUCAUUUACAAGGGAAUCCAAACACUGGAGACAUCCAAAAAUGUGAUACCCUUGUGGCACCUGCCCCCAUACCAUUGUUUCACCUUAGCUCAUGUUUGAGGGAGACUUUUGCUGCUGUUGGAGCUACACACAAGCCAUAUCCCUUCAGAGAAAUACUGACUCUACUAAAAACUUACCUGUAUAGUAAGCGUCAUCUAUUUGACCCCAAUGACAUCCUUUAUGUGAACUGUGGGAAUGAUCCUCUUGGAGGAGCCUUGGGAGUCGAGCGUUUCCACUUCAAUGAGGCUAAAUUAUUGGUAGCAAGAAACAUUUUGCCGGUGCAGUCAAAUCCUCAAAAACAUAUUUCAACAUGUGGACCAACUUGGGUAAAACCUUUGCCUGUUCCUGCAAGUGGAUCAAGUACACAAGAGAGGUUAAUAGACUGUGAUUCAAGAAAUGACGUCAAAUAUAGUCAUGUUCCUACUGCUAGGAUUGACACCAGGUUAGAGUUAGAUAAUGCCAAUGACAAAACGGCAGUUCCCUCAUCUGAUAACUGCUUACCUACAACUAGUAAAACUUCAGAAUUAGGAAGUAGUGCGGGAACUUGUUUGGAUUUAAAGAUAUCUCAAGAUAUGCAGGCAAGUUUAAGCACUUCUCCUGUUGCUGGACCAUCUAGACUUACAGCUGAAGAGACAGCCUCUUACAGUAAAGGAUGCCCAACAUCUGGUUUUCCCUCUAGGCUUGUCAUUCCUUCUGUUCCUGAGAGUGGGACUGAUUCAGAGUCUGCCUACAGCUGCCAAGGAUAUGAAACAGCACUGUGCCACAACACCGAGUACGAGGAGACUGACGUCACCAACAACGAGGAAGAGGAAGACCAGGAACACUCAGAGGAUGGCGAUGACGACUCCAUUAUUGAGGAUGUUGGGGUAGCAGUGUUGGCUUUCCACGCCCUCUAUGAGUCAGAGAGAGACUUUUGGCCAGACAGUGAUACAGAAGAUGAGUCGACUGAUGACCCAGAGUUAGUGGGGGAGCGUUGGCCCUGCCUUAGCUGUGGCCAGAAAAACAAGCCAUUUGUACGAUACUGCAGCAAAUGUUGGCAUUUAAGAAAAAACUGGUUACCUGAACGACCGAAGAAGUGCAGGAGGAGAAAACCAAGAUUCAAGAACAAACAUAAGAAGCAUAAAACAGAGGCUGAAGUACCAGAUGAGCAGGUUCCCACACCCAACAGAGCGUCAGGAAACUUAAGUAAAGACCUUGAAAAUUCCAACUCACAUCCUCCAUUCAAGGAUAAUGAGCAAAGGCAGAGCACGUCAGAUCCCUCAGUUUGCUCCAGUUUAUCAGCAGAGAGUACAGCUCCCUCAGUUUGCUCCAGCUUAUCAGCAGAGAGUACAGAUCCCUCAGUUUGCUCCAGUUUAUCAGCAGAGAGUAGUGAACCAUCAACAAGUUCUACCUUUGAGCAUUAUGGUUCGCAAGAUUCAGGUAUUUUCCUCUCUCAGGGGAGUUUAACUGAUUUGAGCCAGGAAGUUGAAGAUGAUGAUGAUUUGCCAGAUGUGUAUCCCAGCAUCCAGUCAACAAGUACCCUUCAAACAUAUACAAAAGGAAAAUCCCUUAUCAGAAGUUUGGGAUCAUAUCAAGAUUUUAGUAAUAAAUUACAAAUAGAAAAAUCACCCCAUUGUCAGGUAACAGCUACAUCAAAUUCCUUGGAAGGUAAAUCUGAAAGGGUAAGAAUGCAUAUAGGGUCUGUCAAACCAUCUAAUAUGAGCAAAACCAAGAAUGUGAAAGAAUUAAAAGCACAGGUGAAACAUGUUUCAAGAUUUCUGUCAACCAAGGCUGGAAAGGAAUGGCUCAGUUCUGCAAACGGAAAAGAGUUCCAGUCUUCCCAUACACUUCAGGAAGUACUAAGAGAUGCAGAACAGGCAAGCUCAAGCAAUAACUGUAAAUUCUCAAAAUUGUCCCAUUUAAAUCAUUGGGCCUCUCGUUUAUGCCCACUAUGCCAUUUGCGUCCAAAAAAUGCCUCGAUUAUACAUGGACGACUUUCUCACCAGGCGACAUGUUACCAGUGUGCCCAGCGUCUCCUAGACAGGGGAUCAAGGUGUCCAGUAUGUCAUCGAAAGAUUCAUAUGGUCUGUAAACACAUUAUUGCAUGAGUUUUUUUUUUCUUUUUUUUUCUUUCAUUUAAUAUUUUUAAUGUGUAUAUAUUUUUUUAUACUGCAAUAAGGAUUGAGCCACUCCUGUUCUAUAGUCAACAUGUCAUUGGCUUGAAAAACGGAGUUCUUAUGACCCCUGAAAUGCGACUGGGUUUAAAUUUCAGAAAAAUAGUCACAUUUGCCAACAAAAUCAUAGUCUCUAAUAUAAUGGAAUACUUGUAGGUGUCACUUACCAGAAUGGUAAAGCUAUGAGUCUUCAUCCCAUAAGUCAUAUGUGAGUAACAUGACCAGUUUUACUCUUCUUGUCACUUGGGUGUACUGAGAGGAUCUAAUGAAAAUUUUUGCUUAGUGACCCAAUAGGAAUGCUGGAUCAGCAGUACCCAGCAUCAUGUCCAAACUUCAUAGAAUGUCACUCAGUACAUUGUUUUACCAGGGUCUGGCCUUAUGUUACUGAGAGGACAUCUGGUUUCUUUGGAGGGACUAAUAACUAAAAUAGAAUUACUGUAAUGAAAAUUCCCCCUUUGGAGGUGCAAACUGGAUAUCCUGCCCUAAACUGCUAUUACAAGGGAUUAAUGUGUCCCUUUACUUUUGAGUUUAGAGAAUAUUGGAGUCCUCAAAGAGCUCUUGACAGGUAAUUAACUACAAACUAGGUUGUUCAGUAGUGGCAAUUGGGUUGAAUUAUAAUGAAUAAUUUAUGAGUUUUUAAUUGCUAUUUAUGACAAAUACGACAUUACAUAUGAUAGUCACAACUUAUAUGGAAAUUUAUUCCCUAAUUUGUAAAUGUCGUUUUAUUGGAACAAUACGGAUAGAAAUGGUGUAAAUUGGCAACUUCCUGUGCUUUCCUAUUUAUUUAGGAUUGUGUUGAGAAAUUAUUUUCUGAAAUAGUCUCAACCACACGUGAGGGACCGAUGAACUCAAUGUCACAUUUUACUUAUGGACUAAACAUGAGGUGUCUGAUCUAUACAGUGGUCCCUCGGUUAACGAGCACAAUUUGUUCCAGAAGGUUGCCCGUUAACCGAAACCAUUGUUUCAAUGGGUUUUUGAGUAAUUGUUUCCAGCUCAGCGAAAAUUGCCUAAAGUCAACAAAAAAGGUAGUAAAGUACACUUACUUUGAGGUGUGUAUGUAGAAGGCUCCUGGAUGAUGAUGAUGAUGAUGGGAAUUAGAAUGGGGGUGGAGGAGAA